CGGAGGGUCGGCAGCCCUCGCUCCACCGGCCCCCGGACUUGCCGGGCGCCUCUGCUCGACGUCGCCCUCGCUGCGAGAAAGCGCGGCCCGGGGCGCGGGGGGGAUGCUGUGCGCUUUUCCCAAGCUGGCAAUCAGACAGGCCGGUGGGGAAACGAUUUGCCCAAAGUUAGGUGUGAGUGCUGGAAACGCGAGUUUUAACCCAGCCGGGGACCGAGAGGCUGACGUCUUCACCACCGGCCACAGACUUCCUUAGUGGGCCAUGCAGCUUCGAUUCUUCCCGUGAUCGUCACAACCUUACCUGAUAGCAUUGAGGCUCCUGAAGUUGGAGGCAGGAGGACAGACAACCAGAAACCAGGCAGGGUUACGGGGGAAACCUGUCUCAACAGACAGACGAGAAAACGCUGGAGAGAUGUCCGAUGAGGAGAUCAAAAAGAAGACAUUGGCUUCUGCUGUCGCCUGUCUAGAAGGGAAGUCAGCCGGGGAGAAAGCAGCCAUCAUCCACCAGCACCUUGGCCGUCGGGAAAUGACGGAUGUGAUAAUUGAGACCAUGAAGGCCAGCGCAGAUGAAGUGAGAGACACAGUGGAAGAAAAGAAGCCUUCAGCAGCCCCUGUCUCUGCACAGAGAAGUAGAGAGCAGAGUGAGUCUGUGAACACAGCCCCAGAGUCUCCAUCCAAACAGCUCCCAGACCAGAUUUCCUUCUUCAGUGGCAACCCUUCUGUUGAAAUAGUCCACGGCAUUAUGCACCUGUACAAGACAAAUAAGAUGACCUCUCUAAAAGAAGAUGUGCGGCGCAGUGCCAUGCUGUGUGUCCUCACCGUCCCUGCCACCAUGACCAGUCAUGACCUUAUGAAGUUUGUUGCCCCAUUCAAUGAUGUAAUUGAACAAAUGAAAAUCAUCAGGGACUCUACUCCGAAUCAGUACAUGGUGCUGAUCAAGUUCAGUGCGCAGGCUGAUGCGGACAGUUUCUACAUGGCGUGCAAUGGCCGCCAGUUCAACUCAAUCGAAGAUGACGUCUGCCAGCUGGUCUAUGUGGAAAGGGCUGAAGUGCUGAAAUCUGAAGAUGGCGCCAGCCUCCCCGUGAUGGACCUGACAGAGCUGCCCAAGUGCACUGUGUGUCUGGAGCGGAUGGACGAGUCUGUGAAUGGCAUCCUCACCACCCUCUGCAACCACAGCUUCCACAGUCAGUGUCUACAGCGGUGGGAUGACACCACGUGUCCUGUGUGCCGAUACUGUCAAACGCCAGAGCCAGUGGAAGAAAACAAAUGUUUUGAGUGUGGUGUCCAGGAAAACCUCUGGAUUUGUUUAAUAUGCGGCCACAUAGGCUGUGGGCGGUACGUGAGUCGGCAUGCUUACAAGCACUUUGAGGAGACCCAGCACACAUACGCCAUGCAGCUCACCAACCAUCGAGUCUGGGACUAUGCUGGAGAUAACUAUGUCCAUCGACUGGUUGCAAGCAAGACGGAUGGAAAGAUUGUUCAGUACGAGUGUGAGGGCGACACCUGUCAGGAAGAGAAGAUAGAUGCCUUACAGUUAGAGUACUCGUACCUGCUGACAAGCCAGCUGGAAUCGCAGCGGAUAUACUGGGAGAACAAAAUCGUGCGCAUAGAGAAGGACACGGCAGAGGAGAUUAACAACAUGAAGACCAAAUUUAAAGAGACCAUCGAGAAGUGUGACAGCCUGGAGCUCAGGCUCAGCGACCUCCUGAAGGAGAAGCAGUCUGUGGAGAGGAAGUGUACCCAGCUGAACACCAGAGUGGCCAAGCUCAGCACAGAGCUGCAGGAGGAGCAGGAGCUGAACAAGUGUCUUCGAGCCAACCAGCUGGUGCUGCAAAACCAGCUCAAGGAGGAGGAGAAGCUGCUGAAGGAGACCUGUGCCCAGAAAGACCUGCAGAUCACCGAGAUUCAGGAGCAGCUGCGCGAUGUCAUGUUCUACCUGGAGACACAGCAGCAGAUCAGCCACCUGCCUGCGGAGACGAGGCAGGAGAUCCAGGAAGGCCAGAUCAACAUCGCCAUGGCCUCAGCGCCCAACCCACCCUCUUCCGGGGCCGGUGGGAAGCUGCAGUCCAGAAAGGGCCGCAGCAAGAGGGGCAAGUGACCAUCAGAGACUUGUCCCUGAGACUUCCUGGGCACCACAGGGUCUGCUGGGACCUUUGCUGAGCGGAAGUGUGGGCCCUAAUAAGUACGUCUGAGGACGAACUGCGGUCGUGUGGCUCCUUCAUUUGUUGCGUGUAGUGUGAGGAGACUAAAAGAGGGGGAAAUGUUGGCAGCACUUCCCAAGGGUGAGUCACCUCAUGGCCAUUCUGCCUUCCAGCUGGGUAGCCCCCCGGCUUGUGCGGUUUUCCAUUGUAUUUAUUUAGUUGGCGCACUUGCAGUUGGGUUCCAGGGUAAAUCUAUGACAUGACGUAACCUUCCUAGCACUAAAGGAAUUCCAGCAUUACCUAGCACUAAAAGCACAGUGCCUCCCAGAGGCCCAGCUGCCUUCAGGAGAGGAGCCCGCUGCUCACUGCCCACUGCAGAGGAUCUUUCCUGCCAUCCCUCCCUCCCUUCUCCUGCAGAGUAGAAGAGAGAGCUGCUUGCAUGUCAUAGAGAAAGGGCUAGGUUGUAAACCAAGUACAGGCUUGUCCUCAGCAGCCUGGCUUGGGGCAAAUGGAGUAUACCCAGUUUAGGAAAGACAGUGACAGCUCUCUAUUUCUGAUGACUCCAUCCGAAAUGUGCCUGUCAAUAAGAAAAGCCUUCCUGGCUCCUUCUCAGCUCAGGUAACUGAGAGUGUCCUCCAUCCAGCAGGAGUCAAAGGGCAAGCCUAGCAAGCCAUCGAGAGGCCUCUGACAAGCUGAUAUGUGUUGCUGGGGUCAGUGGAUACUGACUGUUUACAGGCAGGGCUGCAUGUUCAGGUCGCAGCUAGAGGGAGCUUGGGCAGAUUUCAGUUACUCUUUUAUGAUCGUUUCAAAGGCUGCUUCUCACUCCAGAAACCAGCUUCAGCAGAGCCUCUUCCAAACAGCCAUACAAUACUUAAUGUGACCAACAGAGGGGCUAUGUGCCUCUCUUUAGAGCCAGGAACAUCAGGUAACUUGUAACAGAUUAAUUGAACAGAAUUGAGGGGACACCAUGUUGGGAUUUAGCUUCUAAAAGAGCCUGGGCAGUUGACAGCAGUGUGUAGUAAGUACAGUUUAAUUUUUUGCUUUAUCAUCAGCCAAAGGUUUAAAAUGUCACACUUUAGGGACUUUUUUUUUUUUCCGACUGACUGGACCUCGUCCUUUGACCGGAAUGUCUGACAUGUCACCACGUUGCCUGUGUUGCUGAUCACCGUCCAGUUCGGUGGAAUGUGCUGUAAUAUUUCCCAAAAUCCCACCUGUGUCUGCAGAGUGAGUGCGCUCAGACUCAGAACUCUGUAGCCGGCUCUUCCUCAGGGCAGGCCAGCACUGCAGAUCCUCCAGCCCGAGCUACACAGGCGGCUGGGGCUGGGGUUGGGGCUGGGGCAGAGCCGCCUCUUCCAGAGCUUCUAUUUUAUCUAGAACGCGUUUUACACUGUUACAGUCUCGCCGGCUCAGCCCCGCUUGUCUUGCACAUCUGACCUUGCAGAAGCUGGGGUGGGUGGUAGCAUGCUAAUUAAGAGAAUCCGAAGUAGUUUCCAGAGCUGGCUCCCCUUUUCAUUACAACCCACCCAGCAGCCCUGCCUCCCAGAGGAGAGUAGCGCUCUACCACACAGGUUGGGAGAAAUGCCUGGGAAGGCUGUGGCCAGCAGAAGCAGCCGACAGGCAGAGGUUUCCAAACUACUUGAAGGUCUUUUAAAAAUGUUCCAGGAAAACAAAAAUCAAGAUGUGUAAAUAAAAUGUUAUUUUAAAAGGUCAAA